GAAACGGCGGAUAUAGGCCAGUCUGUGAUCUCUCGCAGUCCCGCACGGCUGGUCAGAUCGAAUUCAUUGGUGUUCUGGUACUCUUUGGUCGCGAGACGUUCUUCUCUGGUCGGUGUCUCCUGUAGUUAGUUGCACCCAGAUCGCGAAAUGAUUGGAAGAGGACUUCUUUGUGUCUGUGCCGUAUUCGCAGCUAUACUGCCAGUCAUACUAUCGGUGAGGAGUUCCUCAUGUCCCCGGAUAUGUACCCAGCAUGGAUAUGGCGACCCGGUCUGCGGUUCGGAUGGAGUAAUUUAUCCGAAUAUCUGUGAAAUGAAAAAGAAGACCUGCGGAAAAGGUGUCACCCUAGCUGAAGAUCCAGGGUUGUGUCAAAGAGCGCAAGGUUCUAAAUGUGAACAUAGGUGUGGUGGAGAAAAAGAUCCUGUUUGCGGUACAGAUGGAAGAACAUAUUUGAACAGGUGUAUGCUCGAGGUUGAAAUUUGCAGGGUUGGUAUUGCACUGUCACAUCUUGGUUCAUGUAACAACAUAAGUGCUCAUAGGGAAAAUUGCCCAGUUGAUUGCAAGCAAGCACCGAUGGACGGCCCAGUUUGUGGCAGUGAUGGAAAUGUAUAUAAGAGCACUUGUAUGAUGAAGCUCCUUACUUGUGGGCAAGGUGUCGUCAGAACGAACAAAAAACACUGCCAAACAACGAGACAUUGCCGCGAGGCUUGCUGGAGGAAUGCAAGACCAACAUGUGGUUCUGACGGCAAAAUGUAUGCCAAUGUAUGUAAAAUGAAGGCUAAAAACUGCGGUAAACAUGUGUUUGAAGUACCCUUAGCUUUCUGCAGUACUCAGGAGAGAACAGCUGGUGAAACCAAAAGUUGUCCUACAAGUUGUUCCAACGAAAUUGAGAAGCCAACAUGUGGAACUGAUGGAUAUAUUUACGCCAAUGAAUGUGAAUUGCAGCUCCUGAACUGUGGGGUGAAGAAAGUAACAUCGACUGAUUUGGAUAAGUGCCGUAGCAAGAAAAACAAAUGUGGCAAAAUCAGAUGCGGCGACGAAUUCGACCCCGUUUGUGGUACCAAUGCGCAAACCUAUCAGAAUUUGUGCCAGCUUAGUCAAGCCACUUGUAUGAAAGGAAUUCAGUUCGCUCAUGUUGGAAACUGCACAUCACUGAAGGAGAGCAUUCCUUGCCCGAGCGAUUGCCCAGCUCAAGAAUAUGAAGAGCCAGUUUGUGGAUCAGACGGAAACGUUUACAGGUCAAUGUGCCAAAUGAAGAAAGAAACUUGUGGUCAACUAGUUAUAGCCGUAGCACCACAUCAUUGUAGAACAACAGCCUCUUGCAACGAGAAAUGUAAAGAUGAAAAGAAUUAUGUUUGUGGUUCAGACAACAAAAUAUAUAAGAGUGAAUGCGAAAUGAAGAGAGAUAAUUGUGGAAAACAUGUCUACGUUGUCCCCAUGAAAAGAUGCCUGGCCGGUUUUCUGUUCAGGGGUUGCCAAAAAAUAUGCCCAACCUACUUCGACCCAGUAUGUGGAACCGACGAUAAGACCUACAGCAAUUCCUGUUUCUUGGAGAUGGAAAACUGCAGAUCUCGAGCCUUGGUCAAUAUGAAACACCUCGGUUCCUGCUCAGAACCAAUCAACGAAAUCCCUAAGAACUAUCUCUAUUGAGACAGUUCAAGAAUGUAGUGAUAUCUUCCGAGAUGAUUAGUCAUAAAGGAAAUUUUGUUUUAAAAAAUUUUCAGUGAACUGACCAGUUGAAUUUUCAUUAAAAGAAUAGAUUUGAAGGUUUUUUAAGGGAUGUUUUCGUCCAAGACAUAUACGUCUCAAGAGGAAAUCUUGCCAACUUCUUCGACAAAGUUAGGGAAAAACGAUAGUCUAAACUAUUUUACAAUUUAGGAAUGAGAGAUUGUGCCAAUUUAUUCUCUUCACAACUUUGAAGUAUGAAGUCAAUGUCAAUUCAUGCAUGUUUAAUCAGAUAUAUUUAUCUCUGAGCUGUGUACUUUUAUCUCAUGUUAUAUGAUGUGAACCUAGGAAAUAUUUAUUUAAAAUAUAUAUUAUAGAAAGGAA